AAAUUAUUAAAAAUUCUUGCGGAAAACACAUUAACAACCGCAAAUGACCAAGGACUUAACAUUUGGAUUUUUUUAAAUUUUGUGUGUAGUGUAGUGGAAGUAGACCAAAGGAACUAAAAUGAACUUCUACAAAAAGAUUGCCAUUUUUACCGUUUUGGUAUCUUGUGUGUGCAUUUCGGAGGCUCAAAAGAAAAAUGAUGACGAGGGAAGAGCUUACGAAUUUGGGUUCAAAAUUGAUGGACAACAGCACAGGCAUGAGAAAAAAGACGAAAAUGGCAUAAUUCAAGGAGAGUUCGGAUUCGUCACUGCCGAUGGCAUUUACCACGUCACCGUUUAUGCCACUGACGAAAAUGGAAAUUUCAAAAUUUUGAGCAUGAAAAACGUCAGGAUAAGUGCUCCACUGGAUGGAUCUCCAGGACCUGGACCAUCGGCUGAUGCCAAAAGUGUUCAAGGACAAUCAGGACAACAAUCAAAAGCACAACCACUACCACUUCAACUGCCAGAACCCAAACCAAGUCAGCCUCCAGUACAACAAGCUCAACAACCUACCACCAAAAAGCCUUACGAAUUCACCACCCAACCUACAAUCAAACCUGCCUGCGCAGGUUGCGGGUACGUCACAACUUCCAAACCUGUACCAGGGCAACCUUUUCCAUUCCAAACACCAGCUUUUCAAAAUAAUGGUAGUAAUGGAUCUUAUGGCAUUCAAAAUACUGAAAAUCAAGGAUCAGGAGCUACCUCUCAAGGAACUUCACAAGGAAACCUUCAAGGAGGUUUCCAAGCAACUUCUCAAGGAAAUACCCAAGGAGGUUUCAAUGGUGUUUCUCAACAACAAGGUGGUGCUCCUUAUGUAUCUUCAAUUAAUGGCCAAGAUAACCAAGUUAACUACCAAGCGGGUAAAAAUCAAGAACAAACUAAACAAGGAGGUUUUGGAGGUGUAAACCCUCAAGGUAACCUUCAAGGAGGAGUUAAUCAAGAACAAUUCAAGCAAGCAGGAUAUGCAGGUGGGGUUGGUCAAGGUAACUUCCAAGGAGGUUUUACAGGAAGUCAAGGGCAUCCAGGAGGUUUAAGUGGUAGUCAAGGACAACCAGGAGGUCUUGCUCAAAAAGGUUUAAGUGGUAGUCAAGGACAACCAAGUCUUGCUAAAGGAGGUUUAAUUGGUAGUCAAGGACAACCAGGAGGUCUUGCUCAAGGAGGUUUAAGUGGUAGUCAAGGACAAGCUGCUGGUAAUAUACAAGGAGGUGUCAAUGUUGCUUUACAGGAUAAAAAUCAAGAACAAAAUGCCCAGGGUGUUGUCCAAGGUAAUCUACAAGGAAAUACCCAGGGAGCUUUCCAAGGAAAUCAACCAGGAAAUAGUGGGCUCACUGGAUUAAGUGGGCAAGGAAAUGCUUAUGGAAGUCAGCAAAAUGUAAAUGCGGGUUUGCAAGAUGGUGUACAAGGUACUGGAAAAGAAAAUAGCUAUGGUGAAAACACUGGUUCACAAGGAAGUACUACUGCAAAUGGUUUUGGACAGCAAGGAAGUGGUGGUGUGCCUCAAGGACCUGAUGGGCUACAACCCAAUCCUCUUGCCAUUCCAGAGGUUGAAAACCAAGGAUUGUCAACACUUCCUCCAAUCGCUGUAAAAGAUAACACCAUUCAAGUAGGUGGUAAAAAUCCACAGACAAUUGAAAUCAAAGACAAAUUCCCAGGUAUGAGUGAAGGUUUGCCAGAAGGAAUAGAUGAAAAAGACAUCACAAAUUUAUUGUACAAAUUCCACUACACAGUCGGGUUCCAUGGACACUGGGAGAAAGGGUUGAAAAACGGGGCCAAAGUUGGAGGAUACUUCGUGAAUGGAAGAGAUGGACUCAGCAGAAUCGUCACGUACGUCGCGGAUGAAAACGGCUACAGACCCAAAUUUAAAUUUGUCAGACUUGGCUUGGACUCUGACGAAACCCCCAAAGAAGGAUCUGAAAAAACAUUUGGACUAAAGAGCUUCGAAUUUGUUUGGUAUCCUAUCAGCAGUUAAUUUAAUUAUUGUACAAUAAUGUUGAUAUUGUAAAUGUAUUUAUAUAUAAG